GAUGCUUGGAAUUCUCAGAGUCGGGUCCGAGAAGGACUCGGUGGAGUUUAUCGAGCACGCCAAAGGGGAGGCUGCAAGCCGAUUGGGGGGCUAUGUUUUCUCACAUUCCGCUUGUGAAAAUUGCAGAUUGAAAAAGCUACGUUGCAGUGGUCACAGAUCUGGUUGCGAUCGCUGCAGGAGCCAAUCCUUGAAAUGCUCCUAUCAGACAGCCGAUAGCAACAGCUCACGGCCUAAGUCCAAAUCUCAUUCUCAACCUAAUCUCUCUGAUAUCAGUGGUACAGCCGACACGGGAGACCUACCAAGCUCUCUCGACAAUAGUGCCACCGAUCAAGAGAUAGGCGGCUGGGGACUGUCCGACCUAGUUUCCACUACCUCUCAGUUCCCGCAAGACCUGAGUCAUGUGGGUCAGGAUGAUCAUUCAAACCUUGAUGACUUGCAACACGGCCUAGGAUUCGGUAGUGAGCUUGACUAUUCGGACAAUGAUCUCAAUGAUCUUUUCAACAGCAUUUCAUGUUUCCAGCCAGACAAUUCACAGACCGACGUUUCCAUGAUGGACGAUAUAGACGGCGUUACAAUAUCCCAGCCUGCGUCAGCGGGUGUUCACUCAUCAUUUAUGGAUUUUGAUCAUGCAAGCACCUCACCAUUAUCGCGCUCACGGCAAAAUUCUCAGGUCUCAUUGAAUGACGACUUUUUCGCACCGAGUAUCGGACGCGCCAGAUCAAGAACAGACACUGCAGAUUGCCAGUGUCGUAGAUCCAUUUUGCGCAUUCUUUCCGAGAUUGAGUCGAACAUUGUAUCGGCCAGUCCCAGCAACAUGUACGCCAUAUUAUCUUAUCAGCGUCGAACAACAGCAGCAAGCAACGACAUCUUGACAUCUCGCAUUUGCAACUGCCGAAUUAAAUGCUUCGGACUUCUUGAAAUCAUUGGGGAAAAGAUCACCAGCCUCGCGGAGGCGAUCAUCACAGCGUUCGUCUGCCGGGUCAAGGAACAAAACGACUCUGUGGAUUUUAGCGACCCCGACUCUCCAGAAAAGCGUCUUGAACACGACAGUCCAAUGCAGCUGGGAGAAUUCCAAGUCCAGACUCUCCAAGAACUUAAAGUCGUAUCAGCUGCAGUAAUCAAGUUGCAAUUGAAAUACUCGAUAACCUUCGUCUCUCGCACUCGUGAGCUAGCGAUAUCAAUAAAUCGUCUUGCGCAGGCUCAGAGCCUCAAAAAACUAGAAAACAGGUUGAAGGAGCUGCUUUUGAAGAUGCAACGGAUGACUUCAGAAGUGGAAUUGGAUUCUCGCGAUGCAUGA